CGCCGUUCAGCAUGAAAAUCAUUCGAGUCACGUUUCAGACCAGCCUUUCCACGACGAAUUAGCUGGAGUAAGAGACGAGAAUGGCUCGGGAAUGGGAAGCUGUUUCGCAUUGGCUUCUCGUGCACCUUACGACUAAUUCCUAGCCGAGACCAUUCUCUGCAUUGCUAAUUUGCUUGAAGCUACUUCUCCAUAAGUUACCGCUCAAACUAAAGCGCACGCUUGUACAGUAAUUAAGUAUAUAGGGCCGGCACACAUCAGCACCCUGAGUGUCUAGUCCCAGUUGCAACCCAUGAAACCACCAAAGCAUAUUACGAAUCAUAUCAAAGUAUCUCCAACGCUACAUACACUCGGCUUGACUAAAUGUUCAAGUUCAACCACAUUACACACAGAAACCAGUUCGAGGAGUACUCCUCGGACAAGAACACCAGCCAUUCACAAGUCGCCAUUUACAAUGAAGACGACUUAUCUCAUCUCCUCUUCCUCGGGCCUGCCGAUCACGAUAACCACAUCAUCAUCAACAAGGUGGAGCAGAGCGAGCCCGAGACACCGGUAGAGAGCCCAUUGGUUCUUGAUACUCAUGACCACACGUCAGAUGACGAGAGCGCGAUCCUCAGCGACCUUGAGGAGGAAAGCGACCUCGAGAUUCCGCCGUCCCCAUCCAGACGUCGUGGGGGGACCAUGUCCAUCUCCGGCGAUGAUUUCGAGUUUCCGGUAUUCCUGGGCAGACAGGACGAGCCAGAAACCCAUCCCGCCCCUCUCCGGCCUGCGCUUCGACGCUGCAAACCAGAUGCCGCGCAGGGCUUGGAGAAAGAAACAAGCAGGCACGUUCACAUGGCAACCCCCGAGCAUCACGUGAGCUCAAUAGAAGGAUCCAUGAUGUCGUGGUGGCCAGCUCCAAUGGAAGACGUGGAGUACGACUGGGAGGAGGAGAGGAAGGCGCAAGCGACGAUACCUUUGGAGCAGCAUGUUUCCGAAGUGCAAGGCGUCCUGAUGUCGUGGUGGCCUGCCCCUGCGGAAAUGUUACAGCAUGAUUGGAACGAGAGAUUUUACGAGUAAAGGGUUCUGAUUUUAGGGAAAACGGUGUUAAAUGGGUAGGGUACGACUGGGCAUGAGCAUGGUCGUUUCGGAGUUGUGAAUCGCUUCAAUUUGGAGCGCGUGCAUUAUAUCAGGACACUCUCGCGGUAGAGGUUAUCUAUUAGAGGGCAUCGUCGGCGAAAGUCGAGAUCUGGAUAAUGAAAAAUAGCAUAAGCAUUCAACUCUCUCAGAUAUAUGAACAGAUGACCACAAGAGAUUCUUCCGCGAUGGGCUACUGACCACAAAAUC